UUCCUCUCGUCGCUCGUCCGACUGGUUCUCUGACACGAUAAUCAUGCGGUUCUGUUCUCCUGUCAGCGUCGUGGCCGUUACGGCGUUGUGGGCAUCGCUCACGGCAGCCCUUCGUCCUCCCCGUCUUGCGCCACGUCCUGUCACGGCAACCACUCAAUCAGCAGUCGUUGAAAGCACAUUUGAGCAACUGAUUGACCAUAACGAUCCUUCCAAGGGCACCUUCUCCCAGCGCUACUGGUACAGUACGCAGUACUGGGGUGGUCCUGGCUCCCCGGUUGUCCUUUUCACCCCGGGUGAAGCUGCGGCCGAUGGGUAUGGGGGUUAUCUGACCAAUCGAACCUUGACUGGUGUCUAUGCGCAGCAGCUGCAGGGUGCCGUGGUUUUGAUUGAGCAUCGAUACUGGGGCGGCUCCUCGCCGUAUGCCAACCUCACCGCCGAGACACUUCAGUACCUCACCCUGGAACAGUCUGUCCUCGAUCUGACCUACUUCGCGGAAAAUGUGCAAUUGGGUUUUGCGAAGAACAGCACUAGCAGCAAUGCCCCCCACGUGCCGUGGGUGCUCGUCGGUGGUUCUUACAGUGGCGCUCUGACGGCCUGGACCGAGCAUCUCGCCCCCGGUACUUUCUGGGCUUAUCAUGCGACCAGUGCUCCUAUGGAGUCGAUCUAUGAUUUCUGGACAUACUUUCGACCCAUCCAGGAGGGCAUGGCUAAGAACUGCAGCAAAGAUGUCUCGCUCGUGGCCGAGCACGUCGACAAGGUUGGCAAGCUCGGAACGAAAGCCCAACAAAAGGCGUUGAAGAAGCUGUUCGGCCUGGAGGCUCUCGAGCAUUUCGAUGACUUUGCGGCCGUUCUUCCCAUCGGGCCUUACCUCUGGCAGGACAAUAGCUUUGCGACAGGAUACUCGGGCUUCUUUGCAUUCUGCGAUGCUGUGGAGAACGUCGAAGCUGGCGCGGCUGUGACUCCUGGUGCUGAAGGAGUGGGCUUGGAGAAGGCUCUGAAGGGCUAUGCCAAUUGGUUCAAGAAUAAAAUCUUGCCCGAUUACUGCGCGUCGACUUACGGCUACUGGUCCGACAAGUACACUGUGGCCUGCUUCGACACAUACAACGCCACCAGUCCCUUGUUCAGGGAUACUUCUGUGAGGAACGCCGUCGACCGCCAAUGGACCUGGUUCCUCUGCAACGAGCCGUUCUUCUGGUGGCAAGAUGGUGCCCCUGAGAGCGAGACGAGCCUCAUUCCCCGUCUCGUGAGCGCCGACUACUGGCAGAGACAGUGCUCCUUGUACUUCCCCGAAGUCAACGGUUAUACCUACGGCAGCGCGAAGGGCAAGACCGCAUCCACCUUCAACGCUUGGACAGAUGGCUGGUUCUUGACCGGAAACUCGACCCGACUGAUCUGGACCAAUGGUCAAUAUGACCCCUGGAGAGACGCCGGGGUCUCAUCGAUUUUCCGACCGGGAGGGCCUUUGGUCAGCACCCCGAAUGAGCCAGUGCAAAUUAUUCCCGGGGGUUUCCACUGUUCGGAUCUAUACAUCUCGGACGCCGAGGUCAACGCUGGAGUGAAGAAGGUGGUCAUCAACGAAGUCGCCCAGAUCAAGGCCUGGGUGGCCGAAUUUUAUGCAUAGAGAGACUGACGGUAGAUGAUUUAGCCGGUCGUAUAGGAUGCACGGAUGAUCGGCUCUAUGACUGACGACACGUAUAAUAGUUGCAGUUGUGGAGGAUAC